AUGAUGAAAAGUUUGUUUACACAAAAUUUUAAAGAUUUUGUUGUCAUCUUAGUUUUAGGUUUUUUAAUCUUAUUUAUUCAUUCUAUUUAUUGUCAUGGAAAAUUAAACGAUGAACAACAUAUUUAUUUAUCGGAAAAUUAUCUAUCAAAAUUUCAUCCUAAUCUACCUUAUCAUAUUGCCGUACAAAAUUCAUUAAAUACAAGUAUGGACAAGAAUGAUAAUCAUUAUCAAGAACAAUUAUUUUCUGGUCGAGACGAUGAUCAUGAUCAAAUGAAACGAGCUAAUUUUUGGAAAAAACGUGCGAAUUUUUGGAAAAAACGUGCAAAUUUUUGGAAAAGAAAUAAUGAAUAA